CCGGUAAACAUUCUUUUCAAUUUUUCAUAUAUAUUUACAAAUUACAUAAAACAAAAUAAAAGAAGUUAUUUUUACAUUAUUAUUAUUACUACCAUAGUAUUGAUAAUUUUUUAGUAUUUUGUGUACACAAACGCAAUCAUGCCGCCAAAACGAAGCCGAGUUUUAAAGUCAGACUCUACGGAAAUUAAAAAUAAAAAUAAAAAUAAAAUAUCAAAAAUAGAAGAAACGCCAAAUAAAAGAUCUAAACGCAAUACAGAUCAUACUGAAGAACCCUCAGCAAAGCGUGCUAAAAUAGAUGUAAAAUCAAUUAUAAAUAAAACAGAUACAGACUUGAAUGAAAUUAAUUUCGAUUGUUUAAAAUUAAACGCAACAGGAAAUAAAUAUAAUUUAAAAAUAUCUAGUUGGAAUGUUUCUGGCAUAAGAGCAGUAAUAAAAAAAAAUGGAAUAAAAUAUAUUGCAAAGGAAGAUGCAGACAUAGUUGCAUUGCAAGAGACUAAAUGCGAUUCCAAUAAAUUACCUGAAGAAAUUAGAUUAAAUGGAUAUCAUUAUUAUUUUCUUGAGAGUAAAAAAUCUGGAUAUUGUGGUGUUGCAUUAUUCACAAAAGAAAAACCAAUUGAUGUAAAAUAUGGUUUAAGUAAUUCUGAAUUUGAUAAUGAAGGUAGAUUAAUCACUGCAGAAUAUCCAAAUUUCUAUUUAAUUAAUGUUUAUGUUCCUAAUGCUGGUCAAAAAUUAGUAACAUUACCAAAAAGAUUAAAAUGGAAUGAAAUUUUUAAAACAUAUGUAAGAAAUCUAGAUGAGAAAAAACCUGUUAUUAUUUGUGGUGAUAUGAAUGUUGCUCACAAAGAAAUAGAUCUCAGAAAUCCAAAAACAAAUACAAAAAAUGCUGGAUUUACUAAAGAAGAACGAGAUGGUAUGACAGAUUUCUUAGCAACGGGAUUUGUGGAUAUAUUUAGAGCUUUAUAUCCUGAUAAAACAGAUGCAUACACAUUUUGGUCAUAUUUUGCUAAUGCACGUAGUAAAAAUAUAGGAUGGAGAUUGGAUUAUUUUUUAGUAUCAGAACGAAUUAAGGAUAAUGUUUGUGAUAAUGUUAUAAGAGAUAAAGUAUAUGGCAGUGAUCAUUGUCCUAUUGUACUUUAUAUCAACAUAUAAUGAAAAAUGGAAUAUUUUAUAAUUAAAUUAUAUGUAAUUGUGUAUUUAAAUAAUUUACUAACUUUGAUGUAUUUAACAUAUUUA